CUUCCCCUGUCACUUGACGUUUAACAAUACUAGACAUCCUCCUUCAUUGCCUGAUAUUGCAACAGAACGCAUCGCUUCCUCCUCAGACCCGUACAGCUUUUGCUCUAUUAUCUAUCGCGCAGAUAAACUGUAACACAAUGCCUCACUCAUUCCCAUUCCUCUCUACGGAGCAGAAGAAGGAGCUCAGUGAUAUUGCUCAGAAGAUCGUCGCUCCCGGCAAAGGAAUCCUUGCUGCCGAUGAGUCCACAGGCAGCGUGGCCAAGCGCUUCCAAAGCAUCAACGCUGAGAACACUGAGGAGAACCGCCGUCUUUACCGCCAGCUCCUCUUCACGGCCGACCGCGUAGAGCCAUGCAUCGGCGGAGUCAUCUUCUUCCAUGAGACCCUGUACCAGAAGACAGACGACGGCAAGCUGUUCCCUCAGCUCAUCAAGGAGAGAGACAUGGUGGUGGGCAUCAAGGUGGACAAAGGUGUCGUCCCCCUGGCCGGGACCAACGGAGAGACCACCACUCAGGGUCUGGAUGGGCUGUACGAGCGGUGUGCCCAGUACAAAAAGGACGGAGCUGACUUUGCUAAGUGGCGUUGUGUGCUGAAGAUCACUGACACCACCCCCUCAGAGCUAGCCAUCAAGGAGAAUGCCAACGUGCUGGCCCGCUACGCCAGUAUCUGCCAGAUGCAUGGCAUCGUGCCCAUCGUGGAGCCCGAGAUCCUGCCAGACGGAGACCAUGACCUGAAGCGCUGCCAGUAUGUUACUGAGAAGGUUCUGGCUGCAGUGUAUAAGGCUUUGUCUGACCACCAUGUAUACCUGGAGGGCACCCUGCUGAAGCCCAACAUGGUCACCCCAGGACACUCCUGCUCCCAAAAGUACAGCAACCAGGAGAUAGCCAUGGCAACUGUCACCGCCCUGCGCCGCACCGUGCCCCCGGCUGUGCCUGGCAUCACCUUCCUGUCUGGCGGCCAGUCUGAGGAGGAGGCCUCCAUCAACCUGAAUGCCAUGAACCAGUGUCCCCUUCACCGGCCCUGGGCCAUCACCUUCUCCUACGGCCGCGCCCUGCAGGCCUCUGCCCUCAAGGCCUGGGGAGGCAAGCCAGAGAACGGCAAGGCCUGCCAGGAGGAGUUCAUCAAGAGAGCCCUGAACAACAGCAAGGCCUGUCAGGGCAAGUAUGUUUCCUCCGGAGACAAGGGCGCCGCCGGCGGAGAAUCCCUCUAUGUGGCCAACCACGCCUAUUAACCAUUAUUAUGAGCCGUCCUCCCAUCAGCAACCUCCUGUGAUGCCCAAGAACCAGAGGUGUGGACUCUAGUCUUAUGACUUGGACUCGAGUCAGACUCGAGUCACAAAUAUGACUCGACUUUGACUUUAACACCAAUGACUCGUGACAUGACUUGGACUUGAGCCUUAUGACUCGGCCUGACUUGAUACCCUCCCCAAGCCCAAAUAUUAAAAAUGAUGCUAUUAAAAAAGUGUGCAGCGCAUCAACUCUUCAUUUAACGGAUUACAUUUUGAACCGGACAGCAGCCAAUCAAAUUGUACCAGCUGAGAAAAAAAGUGUGCGUGGCAGUGCAGAGGAAUGUCGACGGGUGAAUUCAGAUGGAGCCCUUGGAAAGAUGAUACCCCAAAUUAUUAUUUUAGGAUAUAAAGACGACGCUGUAUCAACAAAAAACUGAUUGCAACUUGCAAAACAUGCGGGAAGAAAACUACAGACGGAGGCGUAACAAUUUUCAACUUUGUUCGACAUUUGAAGCUGCACAAAGAACGGUAAGUCGUGGCAAAUAUAGCAGACAGCUACAUAUUUUAUUACUUUACUGGUGUAUCGUGUAGGCUAACGUAACAUUAAAUCAAUGAGCCUUCACAUAGUCAAUCAGUGCGGGAACGUGAUCAUUGCACCCAAGAUUGAGCUACAACUGGCUAGGCAGUUGGUAGCCUAAAUCCUGCCGGAUGUUACUGCUGUUCCUAAAACCAUUGACAUACAUUAGCCUACUGUAACAACACAGAGAGAGUGUGUGUGUUAAGGUUGGGAGAUUGUGUACAAGCCUACAUCGCCCAAUUGCGCCCUAUAGCGAUCUUCGAUCACUGUUGGGAGGGGUCUUUCUCAUGGCUACCCAUGUAUUUCCAUGGAAAUAUAAUGUUAAUAGAACAUCAAUAAAAUGUAUUUAUAAAGCCCUUUUUACAUCAGCCGAUGUCACAAAGUGCUAUACAGAAACUCAGGCUAAAACCCCAAACAGCAAGCAAUGCAGAUGUAGAAGCAAGGUGGCUAGGAAAAACUCUGUAGAACGGCAGGAACCUAGAAAGAAACCUAGAGAGGAACCAGGCUCUGAGGGGUGGCCUGAUUCUGUUCUCUUCUGGCUGUGCCGGGUGGAGAUUAUAACAGUACAUGGCCAAGAUGUUCAAACGUUUAUAGAACAUUCAACGUUCAACUGCACAUGGGGACAAAGAUCGUACUUUUUGGAGAAAUGUCCUCUGGUCUGAUGAAACAGAAAUUGAACUGCUUGGCCAUAAUGACCAUCGUUAUGUUUGGAGGAAAAAGGGGGACGCUUGCAAGCCAAAGAACACUGUCCCAACCGUGAAGCACGGUGAUGGCAGCAUAAUGUUGUGGGCAUCAUGAGGAAGGGAAAUUAUGUGGAUAUAUUGAAGCAACAUCUCAAGACAUCAGUCAGGAAGUUAAAGCUUGGUCACAAAUGGGUCUUCCAAAUGGACAAUGACCCCAAGCAUACUUCCAAAGUUGUGGCAAAAUGGCGUAAGGACAACAAAAUCAAGGUAUUGGAGUGGCCAUCACAAAGCCCUGACCUCAAUCCUGUAGAACAUUUGUGGGCAGAACUGAAAAAUUGUGUGCGAGCAAGGAGGCCUAAAAAACCUGACUCAGUUACACCAGUUCUGUCAGGAGGAAUGGGCCAAAAUUCACCCAACUUAUUGUGGAAAGCUUGUGGAUGGCUACCCGAAAUGUUUGACCCAAGUUAAACAGUCAUCAUUUUGAAUCAAGUCGACAAUCUAGCGGAAAGUUUGUCUUCUGGAUGAUAGCGGAGUAAACAGGCCGUGGCUCUGGUGGUUGAUGUCCUUGAUGAUCUUUUUGGCCUUCCUGUGAAAUCGGGUGCUGUAGGUGUCCUGCAGGGAAGGCAGUGUGCCCUCGGUGAUGCGUUGGGCAGACCGUACCACCCUCUAGAUAGCCCUGUUGUUGCGGGCGGUGCUAUUGUCGUAUCAGGUGGUGAUACAGCCCGACGGGAUGCUCUUAAUUGUGCAUCUGUAAAAGUUUGUGAUGGUUUUAGGUGACAAGCCAAAUUUCUUCAGCCUCCUGAGGUUGAAGAGGUGAAAUUGUGCCUUCUACGCCACAAUGUCUGUGUGAAUGGACCAUUUCAGAUUGUCAGUGAUGUGUACGCCGAGGAACUUGAAGGUUUCCACCUUUCUCCACUGCGGUCCCAUCGAUGUGGGUAGGGGUGUGCUCUUUCUGCUGUUUCCUGAAGUCCACGAUCAGCUCCUUCGUUUUGUUGACGUUGAAGGACAGGUUAUUUUCCUGGUACCACUCCAAGAAGGCCCUCACCUCCUCCCUGUAGGCUGUCUCAUCAUUGUUGGUAAUAUAGCCUGUUUAACUGUUGCGUCACCUGCAUACUUGAUGAUUGAGUUGGAGCCAUGCUGUCAUGGCUCCAGCCUACUGUUCUGACUUGGUGGUGAACAUGUAGCCUAUAGCCUACUUUAGAGAAAUGUCAUCAUCGAAUAUUGUUAGAGCUUUCAUUGUUCCCUUACAGUGCAUUCGGAAAGUAUUCAGACCCCUUGACUUUCUCCACAUUUUGUUACAUUACAGCCUUAUUCUAGGACGGAUUCAAUAGUUUUUUCUUCUUCUCAUCAAUCAAUACACAAUACCCCAUAAUGACAAAACAAAAACAGGUUUAUGAAAUUUUAGCAAAAAACAAAAUGACUGAAAUUUCACAUUUACAUAAGUAUUUAGACCCUUUACUCAGUACUUUGUUGAAGCAUGUUUGGCAGCAAUUACAACCUAGAAUAUUCUUCGGUAUGACGCUACAUGCUUGGGAUGCCUGUAUUUGUAGAUUUCUCCCAUACUUCUCUGCAGAUCCUCUCUAGGUCUGUCAGGUUGGAUUUUAAGCGUCACUCUACAGCUAUUUCCAGGUCUCUCCAGAGAUAUUAGAUUGGGUUCAAGUCCGGACUCUGGCUGGACCACUCAAGGACAUUCAGAGACUUGUCCCGAAGCCACUCUUGCAUUGUUUUGGCUCUUUGCUCAGGGUCUGUUGGAAGGUGAACCUUCACCCCCGUUUGAGGUCAUGAGCACUCUGAAGCAGGUUUUCAUCAAGGAGCUCUCUGUACUUUGCUCUGUUCAUCUUUCCCUCUGUCCUGACUAGUCUCCCAGUCCAUGCCGCUGAAAAACAUCCCCAUAAGCAUGAUGCUGCCACCACAAUGCUUCACCGUAGGGAUGGUGCCUGGUUUCCUCCAGACGUGACGCUUGGCAUUCAGACCAAAGAGUUCAAUCUUGGAUUCAUCAGACCAGAGAAUCUUGUUCUUGGUGUUUGCCUUUUGGCAAACACCAAUUGGGCUGUUAUGUGCCUUUUACUGAGGAGUGGCUUCCGUCUGGCCACUCUACCAUAAAGGCCUGAUUGGUUGAGUGCUGCAGAGAUGGUUGUCUUUCUGGAAGGUUCUCCCAUCUCCACAGAGGAACUCUGAGCUCUGUCAGCGUCACCAUCGGGUUCUUGGUCACUUCCCUGACCCAGGCCCUUGUCCCCCGACUGCUCAGUUUGGCCAGGCGGCCAGCUCUAGGAAGAAUCUUGGUGGUUCCAAACUUCUUCCAUUUAAGAAUAAUGGAGGUCACUGUGUUCUUGUGGACCUCCAAUGCUGCAGACAUUAUUUGGUACCCUUCCCCAGUUCUGUACCUCGACACAAUCCUGUCUCGGAGCUCUACGGAUAAUUCCUUCGACCUCAUGGCUUGGUUCUUGGUUCAAAUCAUGUCCAAUCAAAUUAAUUUACCACAGGUGGACUCCAAUCAAGUUGUAGAAACAUCUCGAGGAUGAUCAAUGAAAACAGGACGAACCUGAGAUCAAUUUUGAGUCUCAAAACAAAGGGUCUGAAUAUUUAUGUAAAUAAGGUAUUUUGUUUUAUGUUUUUUGUUUCACAAAACAAAUCUAAAAACCUUUUUUUGCUUUGUUAUUAUGGGGUACUGUGUGUAGAUUGAUGAGGCAAAAAAAAUCAUCAUUUUUUAAAUAAGGCUGUAACGUAACAAAAUGUGGAAUACUUUCUGGAUGCAUUGUAUAUAUGCCCCCUUUAUUUAUCCUACAGUUUUGACUUGGUCUACAGGGAGAAUACUGUAAGAACGGCCCAAGUUCUGAAUUCUGUUGCUGUACAUUUCAAAAGUGCUGAACAAAUAGUUAUAUUGACUACAUCCGUCCUAGCUCGCUCAUUAAUGUUUUCAUUUAAAUUAUGCAUUGCCUCUUAUUAUGCCAUAUUUGUACGUCUCAAUAAAAAACACAUUUGUUUAAUAAACAAGUCAGCCAUAUCAGCCAUGCAGUAGAUGAGGACGAAUGAACUGUUUCGCUUACAAACAAGGGUCCGCUGAUAGCCAGGUGUGACAGUGAUAAGGUGUUGGGACUGCUAUAUGUAGGCCCUAACAGUUUGUGGACACCGUUUGUCACCGUUAUAGUCCAAUUAAUGUAUAGUUUAGUGUCGUGUUGUGUUGUGUAGUGGCUUUGAUGGCAUGCAUCUAAAAAACGUUUUUUUUGAGUGUGCCCAACCAAGAUUUAACGUGUUAUAAUAUUGUUCAGGUUAACUCAGAAAGGUGUUCUAUAACCUAAUCUUGAUACCGUGGGGAUGUGAUGGGGCGGAUUUUGCAUAUCUAGCUUUCCCAGUGUCAGGUUUGUAGGAAAAGAGUUUACCAUUGUAGAGCAGCUGUGUGUGUUUUGUUUGUAUGUUUGUUUAGGUGUAUCGUUUAACUACUCUCAGGUUCUUAUGUGAGUGGGCUUCAGGGAUGGGGGUCUAGCGACCAGAGUAGGGGAUGGAUUUGAUCUCCGAUUUCAUGCACAAGAUAAUUUUUUAAUGUAUCACUACAGCUAACAAGUUGGAAUGUUAAUGGGGUAAAUGGCCAAAAUAAACGAGUGGUUUGCUUAGAUGACUUUUGUAGACAUAACAUCGAUGUUAUAUUUAUUCAAGCGUCCCACCUAAAAGAAUCUCAUGCCCAAAGAUUUGGAAACAGACAUUAUUAUGUUGCAGCGUCAUCCUCUGUAGAUUCCAAAACUCGCGCCUCCCUCGUCAGAAGACAUAGAUUAACACGGACUGUAAAAAUAUGGUAGUGAUGACGAUAGGAUAUCAUAUAUCAAAACUGUAAUCUCAGGUAAGUAAAUUGCUUUCAUAUCAGUAUAUGCGCCAACAUAGUAUGAUCCUACAUUUUAUUAGAAUCUAAUGGACUUGCUGGCAAAUAUUACAGAUUUUUCUCUGAUCAAAUGAUUGCCGUUUUACCGUCUUUGAACCGCUCUGGCUACCAAUCUCAAACAGCUCCCACACCUGUGUCAGUGGUAUUUAACAACCUGGUCAAGGAUUUUAAUCUCACUGAUAUCUUCCGAUUUGUCAAUCCUACAUCUAGACAAUUUCAUUUUUACUCUGCUAGACAUAAAUUCUACUCCAGAAUAGAUUAUAUUCUAGCUUCUGCAUAUGCAGAUAUUCAUAAUGCAACAAUAUGCCCACGUCCAUUUCGGAUCAUAGUUUCAAUAUAAUAUUAUUAAAGAACAAUCAAUUUUGUACUUUAUUUGAAAAAUAACUUGAUGUUUAUCUAACACAGAAUGUUUGGUCUGUUGAAAAUAUCCUAUGGAUGUCACGACUUCUGCCGAAGUCGAUGCCUCUCCUUGUUCGGGCGGUGCUCGGCGGUCUUUUAGCCAUCGCCGAUCCAUUUUUCAUUUGUCUUGUCUUGUUUUCCCACACACCUGGUUCUCAUUUCCCUCAACAUGUGUUGUGUAUUUAACCCUCUGUUUCCCCCAUGUCUUUGUGUGGUAUUGUUUAUUCUGUUUCACGUUAUGCGCACGGUAGUCUGUUGCGCUGGGUUAUGUUAACCCGUAUUGUUAUUUCGUGUUCACUUUGCCGUGUGCUUUUGGUUCGCCUAAAUAAAAAGCUCCGUUGGCUACCCAA